AUGUUGAAAUCUAAUAAAUUGACUUCUGAGUCAGCUCUAACUACUAAUAGACCUACAAGUCGUAUCGAUACAUCUUACUUCAAUAGAGCAAUUUCUUAAAAAACUUAAAGAUAAAGUAUAAAUAAGAAAUUAUGGAUUAAAAUUAACAAAGUCAAUGAAGAUGUUGCUGAUACUAAACCUUAUAUUGCAAUUGAAAAAUAGAGAAAAACGAAUUCAUGUCAUAUCAGAGUAAGUUUAACAUUAAUCUUAUUUAGCCAUCUCUACAUAGGAGAACAAGUUCUGAUGUUAAAAAUUAAAUAGAUUAUAAUGAGAUUAAAAAUUUCAUUUAAGAAGUUGAUUAAAACUAUGAGGAUGAACCUUUUAGCAAAAAAGUAAAUCAAAAACAAACACUAUAAUAUUAAAAUGAAAAGAGACUCAAUCAUUUAAAUUCAAUCUUAACAUCAUAUAGAGACAGAAUAAAAAGUAGAAAUAUAUCAAAUGAAAUAGAAUAGUCUAAUUAAUAAAGUAUUUAUAUAAUUUGAUGAAUACAAGAAUUUAACAAUAAAAUUAAGAUCAGAUCAAAAUAGAUUGCAAUAAUUAAGUAUUUUUUAGUAAUUAAUCUAAGAUAAAAAUCAGACAAUCUAAUAGGUGUUAAGAUAGCGAAUUUGA